AUGUCUAAUAAAAACUAUAAAACACGACUUAUAUCUAUCGGAAAUAUAGUAAAAACAUUUCAUUAUGGACAUUUUGCAUCGAACUGGUGGACUUUAAUUAAAAAUAAAAACAUUUGGAUUCCCUGGCGCGUUAAUUGUCGUAUUUGUGUAAAUUUAAAUGAAAAAGAGUUUGUAUUGCGUAUAAUUGCACAUGAUAACAAUAGUAUCGAACCUGGAUUUAUAUCUGAGACAGAACCAAAUCCUCAAAUACAUUCCAAUAUUUCCGCUGCAAUUAAUACUACUUAUAAAAAACUUUUUAAAACUGAAACAAGAUAUUCUGGGUUGGAUAUUUUUAAUUUGGAGGAAAUGAAAUUAGAGAACAAUUAUUUCUCGAAUGAUGAAACUCUUUAUUUUGCCGGAUCUGGAUAUAUCUCGAGUUUUAAUCAUAAAGUUCGUGGAGAUCAGUAUUUAAUAGUACAAACUAUUAAUGAGCAUAAUAUUAGUAUUCAUGUAUAUCGACGUGGAAUCCAAAGAGAAGAACAUUUUGACAUAUCACCUAAAGAAGUAUGGAAAAAAAUGACUAUAUGUCAAGAAAAGAAUCCAAUGGCAUUAUUUGGUUUGACAAAUUUGAGUGUACAAUCUGCAAUAAAACAACAGAUGGAAACUCCUCUAUGUAACUUUAAACAAUGGAUGAAUUUGGAUAUUAUGACACCAAUAUUUCAAAAAUAUCUCAAAAGACAAAUAGGAAUGUCAAAUUUUCCGUGGCAUAAUUUUUUUAGUAAGUGGUUAAAUCAAAAAAGCAAAAUUAUUGAACUUACAAUGGCCUUAGCAGACAUAUAUCCAAUUGAUUAUAAGUUGGGAGACCGUGAGUUUCGUGCUUGGAAGCAAGUAAUAAAGAUUGUAGGAUGUACCAAUAUAACCCCCUUUUCAAAAAAUAUAUCUCAGGUUUCAAAUAAUCUUAUUACAGCAGCAAAAAAUUUUGCACGAAUAAAUGGUCCUGGGUGUUUUCCAAUUACCAAACCAAUUGUUACACAUUCAUGUGUAUCAAAAAUUCAAGAUCAACAAUUUGAGGCCUUUUUUUCUGACAAAAAUAAUGUUUCGAUGAGCUCUUAUAUAGUAGAUAAAAAAAUGGGCUUGCCAUUACUUUAUCUCAAAGAUAAUAAACAAACUUUAUGGGAAAAAUUUGAAGCCACAUAUCCAGAUAGUAUUAAAAGAACUUCUGUUAUGGGACGUCUAGCUAGUGGGAGAUAUGUAUAUAAACAAGAUUUAGGAGGAUUAUGUAGUAUUUGCAAUGAUUAUGGUUAUGAAGUUUUUGAUUUAUUAAUUGAAUUAAUAGAAACAAAUAUAAUUCAAAAAGAACAAAAGCAAACUUUAAUUCAUAAAAUUGAAACUCUUUGUUAUCAUAUGAGAAGAGAAUAUGAAAAAGAACUUUUAAUAAAUCUUGAUGGAACAACAGAUCAUGUGGAAUAUAAUUCAAUUAAUAACAAUGACACACCAGAUCCAAAUAAUUGA